AUGGAGGCGGGGAAGAAGAGGAAGAAUGGAGAGGCGCCAUACCAAUACAUAGGCUAUGGGCGGGAUCCAUCUGAAGAGGAGCCCAGUUACCAGUUCGUUGGACGCCUCAGACUCUGGGGUCUGGGUCUCAUGGUGUCCGCAGACCAGAGGUCCGGACUCCGGAGAGGCAAAGACAAGUUGGUUAAGCAAAGUGCGAUUGACUGGUUGGCAGCGUCUGGCAAUGGCCUCUGGGCCGCGAUCCACCUCUCCACAGCUUCUGCCCUAGAGAGAUCGUUUGACCGUCGCCGCCUUGGCCGAUCCCUCGUCGAGCGGCGGACGGGGACGGAUGGAGAGUAG